GCCAUUUUUUAUACUAAACGAUGGUUUCUUCACAUUCACGAUACAUAACGUUGCUAAAAAAAGGUGGAAUAUAAACAGACAUUGUGUUUUUAUGGAAAUCUGAAGAAAUGCCGUCUCCGCUUGAAUUAAGAGAACCCUGUUUAUUUGUGGUGACCUGAGACAAAACAACCCCAUACAACAUGGGCAAAGAACAGAAAUGCAUUCUUUGUGAAACUGUCUACAACUCCAAACAGGAGAUGGAGGAGCACAUGAGAAGUAUGUUGCACCAUCGGGAACUGGAGAAUCUGAAAGGCCGGGACUGUGGACACGAGUGUCGGGUCUGCGGUGUGACGGUGGUGAGCCUGACCGACUAUGCUAGUCACAUCUCCAGCCCUGUACAUAAACAGCGCAUUGAAGAUCAGAAGCGCCAGCCCUUGAACGAAGACAAAGACGAAGAAUACUUUGAUAAGGAGUUUGUGCAGCUCAUUGAGAAACGCAGGGAAAUUAUCAGAAGAGAAGAGGCUGCUGCAAAGCUGGAUAAAGAGCAAGAGGACAUGAGGAGGUGGCGCGAGCUACAGUCUCAUUGGCAGGGGCCAAGGCCUUUAAUGUACCAGCAAUAUGGCUCUUGGGACCGACCCUUCCCUAACUACCACCAGCUCCCUAAAAGGGGCAAAGCCUCCAAUUGGCAGAAUUUAAGUUUUUCGUCCCCCGACCGCAAGUGGCCUAACCCUAACCGACAGAUCAGAUGCACUACAUGGCAUCCUGAAGGACCUCCCGACUUGCAGAGAUGGGGAUCAAUGGAUCAACAAGGAGGACAUUUGCAUAACCAAGGAAACUAUUGGGGUGGUAGACAAGGUGGCUAUGGUGUGUGCCCUCCACAUCAGAGAAAUAAGCCUCACUGGAAUAAUGAUCAGUAUAAGUUUACUUGGCAGGGACAACAUGGGGGACAUAAGUUUUUUAAUUCUCCUUCAAGAGAGCAGCAAAGUACAUUCAAAAGCUUUGAGGGUCAGACAAAGAGUCAACAGAAUCCAAAAGAAACUAUCGGAGAACCUGAUCUCGCCAAAGCUAAGUGUCAGAAGACAGAGAAGGUUCACCGAUGGACACCAUAUCCACCAGCUAAAGUUGCGGAUCCUUUAUCUCAACCUAACCCUCCAUCAAGCUCAGAGAAGUUAGAUGUGGAAUCUCUUGAAAACUGUAAGCCCAACAAGCACGCUGAAAGUGGGGCAUCUUCGACACAUAGUUCAAAGACUAAUCUCAUGCAAGAUAGAAGUCAAGACUCUAAAUAUUCCCAUUCAAGCUCAGAGUAUUCCCAACAUACAGCUUCAAAUGCAGAGAAAGAGCAUCUCCUGUCAGACAUGUUGCGAAAAGCCAAGGAGACCUUGCUGAAUCGAAAGAGCUCUGUUGACUCAUCCGGCCCAGAAAACUGCCUUAAAGGAACAAAGACAGCACCUCAGAUUAAAGAACCCCAGCAGGUCGAGAGUUUAGAUCAGAACAAGAAUAAAAAUAUACAUGAAAGUAAGAAGAAACUAAACAAGCAGAAGACACGAGAACGACCGGCUUUUGUUAAGCAUAGUAGCAAUAACAAAGACGCAAAGCUCACCAGUUCCGAGACUUUGGGCGAAAUUGGCAAAAAAUCGUCUCCAUCUCUGCAGUCCUUGCAAGUUAGUACCUCAACUAUGGACCAUGAAGAUGAGGAGGAGUGUGGUGAAAGAGAAUUAAAUCCUCACCUACCAGUCCAAGAUCAAGUCAUGGACACGGCAGAUGAAGGUUUGUGCUCAUCCGCUGAAGGGGUUGGGAUCAACCCAUCCCAACCAACAGAAGAUGGUUUGGUGCCCUCUUUAAGUAAGCUUGCCUUGCCUGCAUGUCUGAAACGAGAUCUGAGCCGCCAUAUGGGCACUAAAAGCAAAGCAACAGGUCAUGAACCCAACUUGAAUAAUGCCAGACGGAUUAGGAAUGUGAGUGACACGCGGAAGAACGAGUCGGAGAAGGACUCCGGACUCAAGCCCACCUUGCAGCAGCUCAUUCGCUCCUCUUCCUUCAGUAGAAAUGUCAACUGGGACCAGGUCUACCAGGAAGUCAAUCGUAAGAAGCAAGAGCAAGGCAAGGGCUUACCAAGAUUUGGUAUAGAAAUGGUGCCUUGUGAACCUGAAGGUCUGAAACAAAUGGAUGAAAAUGAUGUCCCUCUUUGUGAGGGCUUUCAUUGGGAAUCUGUGUUUGAUAUUAGUCAAGUAUCCGUGCCUUCCCGCAAACGUAGCUUGUCUGAAAGCAGCGUGGUCAAAAAUGGAUCUUCCGACACCAGCUCCCUCCUCAAAGCUGUAGAGCCAUUAAGAGACACUCCGGUUAGUGGUCCUUCACAGCAGUUGGAAAGAGAAGAGAAAGAUCAUUUGAAGAAUGAGGGUUUGAAAGGGCCCCCUCAGGGUCCUGAGGACGUUGAAGGAGACAUUGUUUGUACCUCAGAGACUGAGCUAAAUGACACACAAGGAGUUGGAAAGAAACGAAGGGCACCAGGGGAUGUUUUGUCUACAGAGAUUCCAAGUGAAGACAGAAAAAAUAAGAGACAAAAAAUCAAGUGUAAGAAAGAACGCUCUCCAGUGGAUCAGUUAUUGGCUAUAUCUCUACGUGAGGAGGAGCUUAAUAGCUCUCUUCAGACAGCUGAUAACAGCCUCAUUCAGGCACGUGCUGCCCUACAAGCUGCCUAUUUGGAAGUCCAACGCCUGCUGAUGUUGAAACAACAAGUAACCACAGAGAUGAACACUUUGAGAACCAAACGAAUUGAAAUUCUACAAGGGAUGCAAGGGGAAAAUGUGCCAGAGAGAAAAAAGGAUGAGACCGUGACCCCUUCAUCAGCCCCAAUUUCACAGAUCAACGUCUCUCACCCAACUGCACCUGCCCACUCAAUCUCUCCCUCCACAACCACCCCACCUCCUAUUGCCAUCAAACAGGAGCCCACCUCUCCCUCGAACUGCCCCUCUGAGCGCAACCUUCCAGGUCCUCAUAGGACCACACCUGUGCAAACAGAGUAUGCAGCAUGUCAGACAGAUACUAGCUUCAAGUUCAGCAAGAGAAAGGACUCAUCACAAGAAAGCACAAGCAUGUCUUUUACCGGAGCGCCCUCAGAUCAAAGACCGGAGCCGUCGCCCACGCCCCAAACAGAAAGUCAUCAGAGCUCUCAAGAGGGGUUAGCCAACCCCUCAUCUACGCUCAUUUCUGUAAAGCUCGCCCCCAAACUGCAGUCACCCUUCAUCCACCCAGAGACCAGCCCUGUGAAACGUGUUCGGAAGCUGAAGAAGAGAAAAUGUCUCAGGAAGGCAAUGGGAGAUGAGCAGCCUCAGAUCAGUGACUCUGAGUUAGAGCAGCCCAUCUCACGACCCGUUAGAAAGCACCGACCUCAGCGGCAAUCCAACGGCACCAGCGCCUCAACUUCCACAGCGCAAGAGAAUGGCAUAAACGUCAAGAUGCUGGCUUCAAAAGCGGACACAGAGGAAACCGAGUUGGUGUCACAACCAAUGAAUGUCAGUCAUGACUCAGAUUCAUCUGAACUAGAGAUGGUGGAGCUUCCCCCACAAGUGCCCAACGACAUUGUCAAUCUGGAUACUUCAGACUCAGAUGAGAUGCCUGAAAAGAAAACCAAAGAGUCAGUCACAGCAGGCACAGUUGAGCACGCAACAACAGAACCCCAAAAUCUUGCCUGCGAUGAGGUCACUUCCACCAGUGAAAUAGGCAGUAGCAGUACCGUCAAGGCUUGUGAAAGUGAAAUAAAAUCAUCCUCCACAAUGAUGGAAUCCAAGGUGCCUUCAGAUGUGUCAGACCCAGGGGAGGAGGAUAUGCCCACAGAAGGCAAGUUUGAAGGCCACCAGGAGGCAGUGAAUGCUAUGCAGAUCCAUAACGGACUGCUGUACACUUGCUCAGGGGACCGUACCUUACGUGCCUUCAACUUGGUGAGUCGUGAGUGUGUGUCUGUAUUUGAGGGUCACAGCAGUAAAGUGAACUGCUUGGUGGUGUCAUCUGGAUGUGGCUUGCAGCAGCGCCUGUACUCUGGAUCGAGUGAUCAGACCAUCCGCUGUUACAGCCUCAAGACAACAGUGUGUGUGGAACAGAUGUCUCUCCCAGAUCGAGUGCUCUGUCUUCAUAACCGAUGGAAGAUUCUCUACGCCGGUCUGGCGAACGGCACUGUUGUCUCCUUUAGUCUCAGGAACAAUAAGCAGUUGGACGUUUUUGAGUGUCAUGGCCCACGUGCUGUGAGUUGCCUGGCGACGGCUCAGGAGGGGGCUCGCCGCGUGCUGCUAGUCGGCUCCUAUGAUACCACCAUCAGCGUUCGGGAUGCUAAGAAUGGCCUACUGCUGCGUACUCUAGAGGGUCACACCAAAACCGUGCUCUGCAUGAAGGUGGUCAAUGAUUUGGUGUUCAGUGGCUCAAGUGACCAGUCUGUACAUGCACAUAAUAUACAUACUGGAGAACUGGUGAGGAUCUAUAAGGGUCACAGUCAUGCCGUCACUGUGGUGGCCAUUUUGGGAAAAGUCAUGGUCACCGCAUGCUUGGACAAGCUGGUCCGUGUGUACGAACUCCAGUCUCAUGACAGACUUCAGGUAUAUGGUGGACAUUCAGACAUGGUGAUGUGUAUGGUCAUCCACAAAAGCAUGAUCUACACAGGUUGCUAUGAUGGAAGCGUGCAAGCUGUCAGAUUGAACCUUAUCCAAAAUUACCGCUGCUGGUGGCACGGCUGUACGUUGAUCUUUGGUGUGAUGGAGCACCUGAAGCAGCACUUGCUGAACGACCACUCAAACCCAGCACAGCAGACGUUUAAAUGCCGCUGGAGAAACUGCGACUCCUUCUUCACCGCCCGCAAUGGCUCCAGACAGGCAGUGCAUUCCCACAUGGAAAAGCAUGCAGAGGAAAACAGUCAAAUGGAUCCAUGAAGGGCUGAGGGAGUACGCAUCACACACCUAAUCUCCUCUUUUCCCAUAUUGGGAAUAUCUCAUUCAGCCCUCACCAGAGGAGCCUUUUUCAUGGGCAUAUUUUCAUAUGAGCCAUCAGAUACCAACAACUCCCACUUAGACGAGAGACAUUAAAAAAAUAUGACAGCGUUAAUGGCAAUUUAAAUAAUUAUGACUUGAUUUUAUUCUCACCGAAAUGAUGUAAAAAGGAAAAUGCUGUCUAUGUGGUUUUGAUUUGUUGGUAUUCUGAUGAGACGAAAACUUUUACCUUUGUGUCUACUCAACUUCUGUCUAUCAGAAGCGCAGAGUUUGUCGGAUUCUUUUAUACUGACGUGGCAUUGCUCUGAUACUGCACAGGGUUUAUUUCUGCAGUAUCAGACAGAAGUCUCAUCUGAUCAUACAUUGUAUCUUCAGCUCUGAGAUUUACUGACCAAAUAAAGACAAAAAAUCACAUUGAGAGAAACAUUUGGAUACCAGUUUUGUACAUCAGAAGAGUUGCUGCAGCUCCCUCGCAGCACACAUGUAGCUCACUUUCGUGUGUCCGUGUUGUAUACGUUUGGAGUGUUUUAAGAAUUCGUAAUACUGCCAGAUUUUAGUGGUGUAACAUCGAGCUUUUAUAAAGGCCACCCUUUUUUUAAGUUGCAUCCAGGGAUUUGUCUCAAAAACAAUUUUGUGAAAGCAUAUCACUAAUAAAAAUCGAUCUGUAUCUCUGGGAGACUUUUACAUUUCAAUAUGGUUGCCAAAUACAAAAGCCAAUUUAGUCAAAGUGAGUCUGGUGGGUGUUUUUGUUUUAUUUUAACGUUCAUUUAAUGAGAUCUGUUUGAGAAUUAUUUUUUUUAUUUUUUGUUUUCUGUGUGGUUGCUCCCUAAAGGUGAAGCAAAGUUAGAAGAUACAGGCGUGCAGUGACUCUUAAGAUUGCAUCUGAAAUGUGUUUGCUGUGAGGGACUGAAAUGACACAGUUGGUGUGUGUAAGCCUUUAGGAACAUGAUCGUGUUUUAUGGGUCAGUGUUAAGAAAACAUUUUGGUUUUUCUUUUGUUCCCUGUAGUAAAGAGGGUGGGUUUAUUAGUAUUUUUUUCUUUACAGCAGAGAGUUUUAUUUUUGCAUUGAAGGGAUUUGUAGUUUUAUGUAAGUGCAUGAGAGCAGAGUUCACUUCACUCUGCUGGAAGGGACUUUUAUUUUGCCGUGUAUGAAAGUUGCAGGGCAGAUAAACAUUGAAGGUAUUUUUAUGCAGUGUUUUACCUAUCAUGACAUGAUGUUUUCAGCCCCUAUUACCAGCACAGACGGUCAAAAAUCAGUCUAUCUGCAAUAUUGAAGUAAUGUUAUUGUGUAGCUUUUUGACGGUAUACAGCAACAAUACCUGCUGUCAAGGCAAAUCAUGAGAGCUCUUUUCUGGAGUACUUCUGAAGUGUUAUUUUUGAAAAUGAUUUUUUUGUCACGUGAUUGUUUUUCCCCAUCAUAACCUUUGAACUCGGCUCUUUUGCUAUGACUGUGUUGCUGAGGAGAGGAUGCAGCCAACAUCUUACCUGGUAUUCCUAGUUUCUCACUAGUUUCCUAGUUCAUUUCAAAUUGUUAAAUUGUUAUAGACGUUUUGUACACAAAUGCUGUUGUAGAAAACAAUUAAAAAGAGACUGCCUAUG